AUGGGAAAAUCCUUAGCUGUACCUGAUGGGUAUACAUACUCGUAUGUGGUUAAUGGCUGCGCAAAAGGGGUGCUUCUGAGUGAAGGCGAGCAGGUUCACGGGAAGAUCAUGAGAGAUGGGUGUUUCUCAGAUGUGUUUCUUCAGACUAAUCUGGUGAAUUUUUAUUCAGUCAAAGGGAGCAAAUAUGGAAUUGGGAGUGCGGAGAAGGUGUUUGAUGAAAUGACUGACAGAACUGUGGUGGCGUGGAAUUCAUUGAUCUCUGGGCAUUUUAGGUGUGGAAAUGUUGAUGAGGCUCGCAGGAUUUUCCAUGGGAUGCCAGAGAGGAAUGUUGUUUCCUGGACUGCCAUGAUUGCAGGAAGUGCACAGAAUGAGAGAUGUAAAGAAGCAUUGUCUUUCUUCCAUGAAAUGGGCAGGAAUGGCGUGGAAUUCGACCAGAGGUGGCAAUCUGUGGCUAAUGUGAGACAAAAAAUGUUUGAGAUCAGAGCAAAGAAGCCUCCAGACCAAAGUUGUAUCCAAAUUGAUGGAGUCAGCCAUGGUUUUCUGGCUGGUGACACAACUCACAAGCAUGCAAAUUUGAUCUAUGAGAUGCUUGAUGAGAUCACUGGGCAAGCUAAGUUACAAGUUGAUGAAGUUUGCCCAUAA